UUAGCAUUCAACAUGGACAAAUAAUUUUUAUGGUUUAAAGCUAUGAUACUUCAGUUCUGUAAAAUCCAUGCUUUUUCAAUAUUUUUUUCAAAUUCUCUUUGUCUUCAGGAUAAUAGAUUGCUCCAAAUUCUCAUAAGUUUUUCUUGAAAUCUUGCGAUUUCGAGAGUCCUUCUACCAAGUUUUCUAAGCCAUUCAUAAAUAUUUUACCCCUUAGUGCGCCAUUUAUUGUUCAAAAAUUUAAUGUUAAUGAUCUGAGUUUAGGAGAAGCUAGACUGAAUGCUCUUCUCGCUAGUACUUUCAUCUAAAGAAUUCCAGAAGCUAGGUACUUUAGGAAUAGAAAUGUUGCACUGUGAAAAGAAUAUUCCACUUGUAUUCCGACAGGCAGAAAGAAGCCUCAUCAAUGGCGAUAGGCUUAUAGUUACACCACUGGUAUUCAGGAUGCUUUGGAAACAUUUGCUCUUCUCAAUUUGCACAUUAUUACAAAAACUCAAAGCCAAUGAUUGCGCUCUUCUAGGGAAUGAGUUUCAAAGAAAAUUUCUCAGAGCAGGGAGGUUUUCAGAGCUUAUCUUAUCCACAAAUAUUGUCCUUACAUAA